AUGAAGCUUCAAGUCCGUCUUGUGUUGUUACCAGUCCUGGUUAAUGGCGCCAAAGUCAACUCUCCUGGCAGCAAUACUUCGGACCUAUUGGCCCGAACUAUCAAUGCCCUCGGGGGUCUCCAGGCUUUGAACGAUAUCAAAGGACUGACUUUGCAAUCUUCUGAUUAUAGAAGUACAACGCUGUCUCAAAGUUACAGUCUUGACAGUUCGGAUCAGCUAAUUGCAACCGGAGCGACAUCGACUAUCUCUUUCGACUUUUCAGACACUCUUAUCACCCAGCGAAUUGACCGGAACCUGACUUAUGACUAUUUCUGGGCGCAUGCACACCGGGAUGGAAAGUUGGACUACAGUCUUGUAGUCCAGACAGGUUUAAAUGGUUCGGCUUGCUUCAACGUCGGUGGCAGCGUCGAUGAUCCAUCGGUACCUUUUGGCUACGCUGACAGUUACCUCACGGAUUAUCUCGUGCAUUCUGCCCAGCAAUCCGCGCUAUUGGGCGUUUUGAAGCAAUUUGAAGCUUCUAGCUCGCAGUUGGUCUACUCUGUCACCAGCAUUGAAGCCUCCGGCGUUGAUUAUCCGACAUUGUCACUUCCGAACGCGAAUCUGGCGUUGCUUGUUCACAAUGAUACGGGGUUGCCUUACGCCAUUCGAUCAACAGAAACUCAUGAAAUCUACGGUCCUUCAACUAAUGAUGUCGUAUUCUCUAACUAUGCGUCGGUGUCCUUUGGCAAAUCGCAGACGUUCAAAUACCCUAACCGGAUACAAACGAUUUACAACGAAGUCUAUGUCCUCGAGGACUACACGAUUAGUCAAAUCAGCGCCAAUCCUCAGUUUCCAGAUGGCUACUUCAAGGCACUACCUCCAACUCCACCUGCUGGUAGUCCCCCCGAUAAUGUGGCUCAACUGCCUCGUACAGAUAACGAGUACCCUCGAUCAGAAGUUCACGAGUUUUACGAGACAGGGCUUUGGUUCGGACCCUUUGGCCAGCAAAACAAUGUCUCAUCUGUUGUCGCGAAACCCGUGUUUCCAGGUGGAAACGUACCACAGAUCGUCAAUCUCUAUGUGGGAACUGUGCCCGACUAUGUACAGCUCCUGGUCGAAUUCGAAGACGGACUUGUCAUCACUGAUGCCGCUCCCCAUAGAAGCAAAAUCAUUUUGCAAUGGGUCAAAGAGAAUUACCCCGGCAAGAGCAUUACGCACGUGGUCCCGUCGCAUCAUCACCGCGAUCACGCAGGUGGUGUGGGAGACUACCUUGCUGCCGGGGCCAAGCUGGUAAUCCCGGAAAUAGCGAAAGACUAUUACAAAAAUGUCAACGGUGGCAAGUUUCAAACAAUUACAUAUGACGAUGAGCAUCCUUUCAUCAAGCAAGAUAAGAAUGUCCAGUUCCUAUCUUUUUGGAAGAAUGAGAACCCACACGCAAGUGACUGGACAUGGGCUGCUGCCGCGCCGGCCUGUUCAAAGUUCAACAAUUCUGAAGUCGUUGUCAUCGAUGCGGACAUUGUGAAUCCCAGACCUGGACCCGUGAUGCGCUGGGAUACUCCACACGCCAUGCCAUUUUUCGUUGAUGCUGUUCAUCGGGGUAUUCCGCUAGAGGCAACCUUGGUUGGUGCACAUGGAGGAACAGGGAUAGGAAUCGGCACCACGGAUUCUCUAAUCAACCUGGUGAACAUUGCUGGAUUUACGUACCCUAAUUCUUCUAGUACAAAGGGAUGGUGUUAA